AUGGCGACACACCCCGUCUACUCGGUCUCGCACAAGGGCCUCCCCGCCUUCCACGAGGCCAUCUACGUCGAGACCCACGAAGAAGGGGGCUUCAUAUACCACGUCGUGGGCGACAAGCUGUCGGGCUACCGGUACGAGACCAAGGCGACCAAUCGGCCGGAGAAGUCCAAAACCUUCUCAAAGAAGCUUUACAAGGGCAGGGUGCUCACGGAGGAUCUAGCCACUUUGGAGGCGGUUUGUCGGCGGGUCCCGCCGCCGCGGCACCAGGUCAUUGGGGGGGUCAUUUUCGAGAGGGAUUGUCGGCACUGGGUUUUUGCCGCGUUUGAGGCACUGCGCGAAAAACGGGUGCUUCAGGUGACGAGCUGA